AUGCUGAGGCCCUCUCCCAUUCUGACCCCUCCCUCAGCAAGCACCUCGCCCACCGCUUUUCGCUAUGCGCCCGCUCAGUCGCCGCCUCCCCUCUCGCCCCGAUCUGCCGUCCCCUCAUCCGCGACCACGGCAACUCCGGGACGCUCAGCGGCCGCCGCCCUCGCCUCGAGCCCGCGCCUAGCGCUCUCCCCACGAAGCCGAACCCGACAGCGAUCCAUCGCUACCAUGAUUGUGCCCGACCCUGGCGUCGGGCCGUCCUCUGCGGCCACGUCGGCAACAGAUGCCAAGAUUGCCACCGUCUCAAUGCACCAGCAAUCACUGGCUGCAGACGAUACUUCGGCUACCACCGGUGCCAAGCCGCACACCGCCGCACCUGCAGCUUCGCAACGAUCCUUGUCCAAUGCCACAUCCAACGGCAGCGCCGCCACAGACAUGUCUCCCUCGAAGCGGCGUAGUGAAGAUGUCCAAAAUCAUGCUACUAUGGCUCUGCCCGAAAUUGUCAAUGACGACUCCCCACAGCCCGCAAAACGGGCUCGUCCAGAAGAACAGCCUCCAAAGAUCUUGCCCAUUCUCUAUGAGUUUUGUCCCGUCGACGACAUGGUCGAGCUCAUCGCCCAUAUGCUCAACGAACUCAUUGCUACCAAUGACGCGAUUCGUACCACCAGCGGUGGUCUCACGCGAUUUCACUCAAGGGCGGCACCGGGAAUAUCAGUUCGUGAUUAUUUACAUAGAUUAGCGAAGCACGCCACCCUCAUACCACCGCUCUUACUCUCCAUGGUGUACUACAUCGACCGUCUCUGUGCACUCUACCCAGAGUUCACCAUCAAUACCCUUACCGUCCAUCGCUUCCUCAUUACUGCCGCCACCGUCGCUGCCAAGGGCCUCUCCGACGCGUUCUGGAACAACACUACCUAUGCCCGCGUCGGCGGUGUACGGCUUGCCGAAUUGAAGAUGCUUGAGCUCGAGUUUCUGUACCGCGUUGACUGGAGAAUUGUGCCGAACCCCGAGGUACUGGUCGCCUACUACCGUGGCCUUGUCGAGCGCACUCCUGGCUAUGUUCUGGAGGAGGACGGCACCGAUAAUAUGGAUCAUAACAGUCUAGAGAACGAUGACGAUGAUGAUUAG